GGUACUGUGUUCACUUCACGUCCUCGCACUCAACGAUAUCCAUGAAAACGUUGUCAAGAAGCUUGUAAUGAAACUCCCUGUAGUAAAGAAGCCGGACGAGUCGCUCGAAUGCCCAGGCCCCCCAUUCAUUGUUCCGAGUCACACCCAUCCACUAUUAGUGACGACGAGACGAUACGCCUCUUUCUGACGCUGAAUAACUGUUCAGUGACGAAGAGGACCAACUACAAGCUGAAGAUGGUAUCCUUGAAGAAGAUGAAGACCAUCAGGUAUAGAAUGGGUUCGGCGUGGAUUCGGCUGCUACUGGAAUAUGAAUCUAUGCCGAACUUACGUUCGUUUAUGGCCGCCUCACACAGUGCCGCACAGGGCGUAGAUUCAUGAUUCAUCGGAGAGCUCAAAGUACCAUGCUUCAUUCGUGCAAACCGGCUGCUCAUGUGGAACGCCACGUCAAACGCGAGAGCAUUUAUUACGUGGCUGUCCGCUAUUCAUAUGCCAACGCAUCCACUUGCGCGCAGUAUCCCACAUCAACAUACUCAACAAGAUCCUGGGUAUGGAGGAGGGGAUAGAGGCGUAAACAAGAUUCAUUCA